AUGUCCAUUCACUUUCUUCUAGUGCUCAAUCGCCAGGGCAAAACACGGCUCAUCAAAUGGUUCAACGCCAACUAUUCCACCCAAGAAAAACAGCGGUAUGUCCAGGAGAUCCACCGUCUUAUUGCGUCCAGAGAUACCAAAAACCAGUCCAAUUUCGUGGAAUACCAGCAGCUCAAAUUGGUGUAUCGUCGGUACGCUGGACUCUACUUCAUUUCUGCGAUUGACGGCUACGACAGCGAGUUGAGCUACCUCGAGUCACUCCACUUUUUUGUCGAGAUCUUGGACACCUAUUUCAACAACGUGUGUGAGUUGGACUUGGUGUUCAAUUUUUACAAGUUGUACGCCAUUUUGGACGAGGUGUACUUGGGAGGCGAGCUCCAGGAGAUCCUGAAGGAGAAGGUGUUGGAACGGUUGGCAUACUUGGAUAAGCUUGAUUAG